UGUAGUUAGUUAGCGAGUGGGGAUUUCAAGAAGAGUGCACCUCAUGUGAUAUAUAUUCCAGGCGAGAGGAUGGCUGUCCGGUUUUGGGCAGUGUUGGUGGUCAUUUCAGUAUGCUCUCACGAAGGUCUAGCGCAAGGAACUACCCGGAUCUCCGGAGUAGCCCCUCACGUGGGGAGCCUGAAGGGAGGAACCAACAUCAAGAUCUUCGGACAAAAUAUCCCAGUGGAUAUCAGCAUGACGUUUGCUGUUGUCCGUGUGAAGUUCCUGUCAGCUACCCACCAGUACCCGUGUGACGUAGAGGAAACUUCCGUCAGCACUGGGCAGAUAGAAUGUUACACAAGGGCUAUGCCAUCAGGCGUGUACACCCCCCAGGUGACCCUGUGUUCCAGUGCAGACGACUGUCAGGACAUCCCGUGUCUGGGGGAGGACGAGCAAGACUGCAAGUUUGAGACCAAAACCCAUUACACACCUUACAUCAAGUCAGUCACUCCUACAUCCGGGUACCCAGGAACCAUGCUGACGGUGUACGGUAAAAUCAUCACUUCCCUGUACGGCAGUGAGAGAGCAGAUAACGCUAACGGGAGGACGGAAACCAUCAAACGUUGUUACCUGGACGGUGCAGGACAAACAUGUGAGCUGAGGGAUGACAACGGAGAUAUGUACGGAGCUGAGAUGGAUGAUGAUGGUUCCAGUCGAUGGGGAACGUUCAAGGCGGUGCCGCAGGGCAAGUUUGUCGGCCACCAAAACAUCAGCAUCAUUGUCAGUGACAGAUACGGAAGGUCUGAAGGCACUUGGGAAGCUAAACGUGUUAGCGCCAAUAUGAAGAUGUACAAUUUCCAGACCUAUGCAAAGGUGAGUUCCGUGAGUCCCAGCGUCGGCAGUACUGAGGGGAGAUCCACUAUCACCAUCAGCGGGGAGUGGUUCGACUCGACCUCACAGGUCGCAACGGUCAUGGUAGGAGGAGAGGAAUGUAGCAGACAGGGGGACAUAACGGACACCGAGAUUGUGUGCCUGACGCCAAAGAAACCAACUAAGGAAGCAGUGUCCUACGCAGGAAACCGUGGUGUCUACAGGGAGGUUUGGGAGUACGAUGAAUCAUCAUCUAUACCUGCCCUGACUGACCUACCGGUCGGUGAACCCACAGAGAGCACAUGGAUAGACAGCUUCAGUUGGACCAACCGUUCCGAGAGUUAUUUCUCCCGCGUGAGGGGAUUCUUCAUUCCGCCCAACGACAACGACUAUCAGUUUGUGCUGCAAGACUGUGUGAAGCCCUCUGACGAUUUUGUCUUGUACUUAAGUCCGAGUGGACCUGAAGAUGAGCCGUUGGACGUUCUCGAAUGUCCCGAUUCCGGCCGACGCUGGUCAGAGAGGUACACACUGACCGGAGGCAAAAGUUACUACAUGGAGGUCCGCUACAGACACGAGUGGUCUAACGACACUCAGAAGGAGUUGAGAGGAGUGGCUAUGAAGAUGUUCAACACGGACUAUGUGGGAGGGCAGAACUACCACGCACAGAACGAGAAGCAAGAGAUCAAAAUCACCUCAACCGUCGUUCGCGAGAAACAGAGUAUCGUCCUCGGCAGUGAUGUACAAGACUUCACACUUGAAUAUGGCGGAGUUCAGUCAGAAACGAUCCAAGCCGACGCCUCUCAAAGACAGAUGAGGAGAGCCAUCGAGCAGAUGUUACAAACAGUGUGUCCUGACGAGGUGGCCAAUCCCAACCAGGCUAUCAGACAGUUUGCUGACGACUACGAGGGCGAACGAAACCGACCUGAAACAGGGUCGAGGGUAGAAGCUGAUGAGACCGAGCCUUUCUGUGGUAAACAGUCCCUGAAGAACCCGUCACAUCUGUAUCGUACCAACCGUGACCACAACCUCAACGCUAUCGACCCGAACAUGGACAAAGUGAUGUGCUUUGCCUACAAGGGCAACAUGGCGUCAAAGAUCGGCUUCCGUUUCCGGUACGACAGUAAUGAGGAGAGGGAAGAGGAGACUGCCUGGUUCGGCCCUGAAAAUGACACUAGUCUGGACUUCGCUGCCGACAGGGAGUGGAAAUACACCUGCAUCAACCUCCAGGCCUUGUUUUCCAACCUUCGACCACUAGCACCUAACGUCAGAAUCCAGGACAUCCAGGUGGCUUCAGAAGAAGAAGAUUCGGGUGAUGACUUCUUCAUCGACAAUAUUUUCAUAGGCAAAGUGGAGCCGAUGCCAUCAGAGAACGUGGCGAAUAGACGUCGCCUUGCAGCUCAGCUGGGUGGUACCAUGGUGAAGGAAGUGGAGGUGGACAAGGUUGAGAGCGGAUAUGACGUCACUUUCAUCCCGUACAACUGCGGGCACAGCUUCCCUCUCAUGCAGGCACAGGUGACGUGUUCAGGAGACUGUGGUGUGAACGUUGACCAGCUGCAAGUGGCGAGUCUUCCGGUGCAGGGCAGCUUCUACAUCACAUUCGACGGCAGAGUUGCAGAAGUACCAGCAAAUGCCACUGAAGAUGACCUGGUCGACAUUCUAAAGUUGGAACUUGGCAUUGACGCAAAGGUUGAACUUGAGGGAGAGUGUUCUGGUUACAAGUGGAAGAUAGAAUGGCUGCUGGAUGGAGGCGACAAAGAUGAUCUUGUGGUUGAUGGAACAGACCUGACAGGAAACGAUGUGAAGAUUGAACUGAGAAACAAUAACAAUGGCGGUCUGUGGUUCUACCCUAUCCCGGGUGAUAUGCUGCGCACCUGGCACGAUACCCCACAGGUGGAGGUGUCUAUCAACAAUAUCCCAUCCCGUUGUGAGGGAGACUGUAGCUUUUCUUGGGCGACACACAACACGCCUACUGUAACCAGUGUGAACCCCGAACAAGGACAAGGCGGGACGGAGGUAAACAUUGUCGGCACCGGUUUGAGCGCUGACUGUAAUGACAUCAGGGUUGUGAUUGGUCACACGGAGGAUACUGACGAAGGCGUGGUCUGUGAACCAACUUCAUGCGAAUCUAAUACCAUACAAUGCACAAUUGGAAGUUCCGGACGAGGACAACAUACAGUGAAAGUGUACGUGUUGCCACACGGAAACGAUCCGGAUGCAAACACGAACGGCAGGGCGACAGGAGACGUGUCCUUCACUUACCUGGGAGGCGUUGCUGGGAUCAGUCCAACAACAUCUGGACUUGGAGGUGGUGUUGAGUUGAAUGUUACUGGACAUGGUUUUGCCGAUGAUGACAUUCCUAUAGUUGGUGGAAAGGAUUGUGACGUCAUCUCUCGAAGCGACGAACAGAUCGUCUGCAUCGUUCCUCCAGGGUCCCCUGGGAGCGUAGUUGUUACUGUCAAUGGUGCUGGUGGCGCGGCCAUGACAGCUGCAGAUAGCUUCACAUACGACGCCGGUCUAAACCCCACCAUCACAGCAUACUCACCUAGUCGAAGUAGCGUUACAGGCGGAGAAACAUUGACAAUCGAGGGUUCAGGAUUCGGGAAUGCGCCAUCUCUUUUCUUCAGGGGUCCUGAAGAGAUCGUGGAGGUUACUGCAUCUGGAAGUGGGUCUAGCAUCACAUGUACCCUACCUGCCCUGGGACCAGGGACGUACGAUAUCUUGCUGUACGUUGAUGGGGCUGGUUAUGGUGUAAUGGACGGAUCCACGGCCUUCCCGACCAUUGAGUACGUUCUAAGUGUGACGGGAAUGUCCCCAUCCCGAGGGUCCCUAUCCGGCGGGACACUUGUGGGACUUUCCGGAGAGGGUUUCAGCACAGACGUCGAGGGAUAUUCCGUUAUGUUCGGUGAUACAGUAUGCGAGGUCGUAUCCAGCUCCUCUAAUGAGAUAUGGUGCAGAAUGACGAGCGCUGGUAGACGCCAUAUUGUGGACAACGGCGGGGCGCAUCCAAACUAUGGCAAUGGCUACGCCUGGAGCCACAGUACCCUGACCAUCGAGGAAGGAGACACGGUGGUGUGGAACUGGUCACCCCCUACUCCAGGUGUUGGGUUCUCCGUCAUGCAGACUACCGGUUUAGAUGGUGAACUCCUGCAAAACGGCUUCUCUAGUGGACCAAAGUCUAGCCAAGGCUCCUACUCAUACACAUUCAACGCCGUGGGUGAUUACUAUUACACAAGUGAUUGCGUUGAUGAGGACUGUAACAUCCAAAUGCCAGGGAAGGUGGAAGUCGUCAAAGCUGUGGACCGCACAGAGACCUUGUCAUUCAAACUCAACGGCAUGGAAGCGAUCUACAAUCCUACCGGAGUAGCACCUGCAUCUGGAGAGGCAUGCCCAGGUUCAACAAGUGAAGUGUUAGCCUGUCCUGCAGAUCCGUCUUCUACAUAUUCUUCCGACUCUCAGUUUAGCUUCGUUUUCCGUAACUGCCUGACGGCGACUGUCACCUCCCUGAGUCCUACCCACGGCACCGCUGGAGACACCAUCACCAUCCAGGGUACAGGCUUCAGCACAUCAACAUGCGAGAAUGAGGUUCUGAUUGGUGGAUACUCCUGUGACGUCACAUCAGUAUCAUCCAAUAGCAUCACGUGUACGGUCAACCCUGGUAGUGACAUGCCGGUGGGAACCUAUCUCCCGGUGUCUGUGAACAUCAAGAAUCGUGGAUACGCUAGAAUGGCCACUCCUGGAGGGGAAAAGUCUCGAAUGUUCGCUCUUAUACCAAAAGUUAUGUCUGUAUCACCGGAGCAAGGAUCCACCGAAGGGGGAGCCCAACUGACUAUCAUCGGAUCAGGAUUCGCGUCUUCGGUUGACAGCACCACUUGUACGAUCGGAACAGUCCUAUGCGAUAUCCAGUCUAUAUCUUACAACGAAAUCAUCUGUGUAACUCAGGCAGCAUCGGAGAGAACGAGGGACGUCACAGUUAGUCAGGUAGUGAACGGAUAUCGCAUUGACAGCGUUUGUGACCUAGGCGGCAACGGUGGAUGUCAAUAUGCCUACAGGGACUCGCAAACCCCAAGAGUCUCAACAAUAGACCCACCGACUAGUGGGUCUGCCACAGACAGUUUCACAAUCACGGGGACUUUGUUUGGAACCACUGUGGACGACGUAACGGUCACCUUCGGCGAAACGACACCCUGUGUCGUGACGUCAGUUACAGAUGACGUCAUUUCCUGCUCAGCCGGAAACAUCCCCGUUGGAGAUCAGCCAAUCAGCGUGCAUGUAGCCGGACGUGGAAACGCAGCUUCAACUGCAUUUGUGACAAGUCAAGCUGUGAUCGACUCCAUGUCACCGACAGAGGGGAGUCUUGCCGGCGGUACGACCUUGACCAUCACAGGCAACGGCUUUGACAGUGACACGGAGAUCACCAUGGACGGGGAGAUUUGUGAAAUCCUGUCUGUCAAUCUCUCCACCGUCACAUGUAUCACCCCUGCAGCAACCAAUGAAAAUGACCAUCAAGUUCAAGUAUCCGUGGUCUCCAAUGGACAAGCCUACCCACCACAGGACUUCACAUACAGGUCAACCCUAACUCCGAAUGUGGCUGGUAUCAACCCAGCUGUAGCCACCAGUGGAACAUUGGUAACCAUCACAGGGUCUGGGUUUGGCCAAACUACAGGAGACAACGAAGUGUCCAUUGAUGGCGCCCCUUGUGUGGUUGACUCGUCAUCGGAUACGGAAAUCGUCUGCACGCUCGGAGACCACGUGGCCGGCAGUGACUACACCGUGGACGUGACGGUUGUCUCGAAGGGAAUGGCGAGGUCAGGGGUCACGUUCAGCUACGAGUUGUCACUGUUGACUGUGACACCAAGUACAGGGAGUUUUGGAGGAGGCCGCACUCUGACGCUAACGGGAACUGGCUUUGCUGAAAACGCCACCGUCACCGUAUGCGGUCAUCCGUGCCCUAUCAGCAGUGUUGUACCCAACUUGAUAGAGUGCGAAGUACCAGCACAUGACGGGUUAGCCAGUGGCACAUUGGCUUGUGACGUUGCUAUUGAAGUUGGCAAAGAGACGAGAACUCUGAACAGCGCGUUCACCUAUGACAGCAACCUGACCCCUAUCAUCACCUCCGUCUCCCCUGGGAUGGGAGGUACCGCGGGAGGGACCACUGUCACCAUCACCGGAACAAGCCUUAGUGGCAUCUCGAGCGUAUCCAUAGCAGGAAGCGACUGUAUCAUCUCUGGAGUACCAUCGGAGACAGAGGUCGUCUGCGUGACUGAGGCCCACAGCGGGAGUGUGAACUCUAAAGUUAGGGCAGUGGGUACUGAUGGGAUUGCUACACAGGACAACGCAGACUUCUACUACGUAGACAGGUGGUCCUCUGUGUACACCUGGGGCGGGGACGGUUUACCUGUGGAUGGAGACUUUGUCAUUGUUCAGGAGGGGCAGACUUUACUGCUGGAUACUGACACACCAAUACUCAGGAUGCUGCUCAUCCAAGGUGGAACACUGUUGUUCCAUGACGAGGGAGAUGUGCACCUACAGUCUGAGUACAUCCUCAUCACGGAUGGAGGAACUCUUCAGAUCGGUACAGAGGAAGAGCCGUUCCAACACCAGGCCAUCAUCACUCUGCACGGACACCUGCGCUCCAAGGAGCUGCCGAUCUACGGCGCCAAAGUUCUGGGACUUAGGAACGGAACACUGGACAUACAUGGCUCCCCUGUUCCCGUAACAUGGACUCGUCUAGCUCAGACGGCAUCCACAGGGGCGACAACGCUUGUUCUGGAGCAGCCGGUCACGUGGAAGGCAGGUGAUAGUAUCGCCAUAGCAACGACGGGAUAUCGACAUAGCCAGACCGAGACGGAAGUGAGAGAGAUAGCGUCGGUGGAUCCAGAUGGUGUUACUAUCACACUCACAGAACCUUUGGAGUACGAGCAUAUUUCCGUGGAGGAGACGUUCCCAAACUCAGGAGUGACGCUGGAGACCAGAGGGGAGGUCGCCCUCCUCACCAGGAAUGUCGUCAUCAGGGGGUCUGAUGAUCCUUCUUGGCACGACGAAAUUGAAGCUUGUGAAGAAGGCUUCGACACGGGAGAGUUUGCCACACAGACGUGCUUCCAGGGUCGUUUCGGAGAGGAAGUCGGCAGUGACCAGUUCGGCGGCCAUGUUCUGAUCCACCAGCCAGAACCAGAUGCAGGACUCGUCACCGCUCGUAUAGAGCAUGUAGAGUUCACGUAUGUUGGACAAGCCUUCCGUCUGGGCCGCUACCCCAUCCACUCCCAUCUGAACGGUGACAUGAGCAGCUCGUACGUGCGUGGAUGUGCCAUCCACCGCAGCUUUAACAGGGCGGUCACCAUGCACGGUACACAUAACCUACUGGUGGAACGUAAUGUGGUCUUCAACAUCAUGGGCGGGGCUUUCUUCAUCGAGGACGGCAUUGAAACGGGAAACAUCGUUCAGUAUAAUCUUGCUUUGUUCGUGAGAGCCAGCACCAGUCUGUUGAACGAUGACAUCACGCCUGCUGGGUACUGGGUCACCAACCCGAACAACACCAUUCGGCACAAUCACGCUGCCGGAGGAACCCACUUUGGUUUCUGGUACCGCAUGCAUGAGCAUCCCGACGGUGCGUCCUACGACCCAGACAUCUGUCCACAGAGAGUUCCGCUCGGAGUGUUCCAAAACAACACAGUGCACUCCCAAGGUUGGUUUGGACUGUGGGUGUUCCAGGAGUACUAUCCUGCUGAGGGUGGAAGUUGUGGUUGGGGCGCCAAGCCAGAGCCUGCUGUCUUCAGAGGCCUCACUGCGUGGAGGAACGAGAAGGGUGCAGAAUGGGUUAAUGUCGGAGCCGUGCAGUUUGAAGACUUUGUUGUGGCCUACAAUGAGUUAGCUGGGAUCGAGAUGAAGCGAAUCCUGAGGCUGUCAGAGUGGGGCAAAGCUAAAAUCACCAAUGCCGUCCUCAUCGGACAUGGUGGAAUCUCCACCGGCCACAACGAGUGUACUAAAGCUGGAUUGGUGCUUCCUUUUGCUCGCUAUCUGACCAUCAGUGGGGCAAAGAUGAUCAACUUUGACCGAACUGGUUGUGCCGCAUUCGAGAUGACAAGCAUCACCGGGACCUGUAGCGACCUCUGUGCCGGUUUCCCAUACAAGGCUGAAGGGGUAGAAUACUUUUCCACUCCCAACAAGGCUAAUUUCCGUUGGGAACACGAGGGAUGGAUUGAAGAUUUAGACGGGUCCGUAACGGGAACUGCUGGAGGCACGGUCAUCCCGUCCUCCGCAACCCUUCCUCCCACAUGUGCGGUGAAUGUCGAGUUUAGUGCCGGCAGGUAUCCAGGAUCUGUCUGCACUGAUCCUAAUCUCAGGUUCCACCGUUUUGCCUUUAAAGACGUCCAGCCAGACUCGCUCGACAUGAGAAACGCCAUCUUGAAGAACGAGUAUGGCAACACGUCUGUGCCCUGGGCAAUGAAGAGAAUGACUCACAAGCCGGGCUGGAUGCUGGUGUUGGUCGGGAAGUCGACGUACACAUUCAGCUUCCAGGACUCCUCUCACAUCACCAACCUGACGUACUCAGGGAAAUUUUACGACAUGGAGGACACGGACUACAUCAUCAUGCAACACAAAUUCACGCAGACUCCCGAUAGCUUCUCGCUUGCCGAAAGAGGGGGUGACCACGAGGAGUCCCCGGCUGCAAUCAGUUACACCAACAAUGAGAACAAAGACUGGUACUUUGAUGAGGAAAAUGAGAAAACAUUCUCUUAUAUAGUCUCUGGUAAAGGAGAAACAUCCCCGGUAGAUCGAGGUGUAAAGAUGCAAGUCUACAGAUGCUUCUAUGAAGACUGCAUCCCCCCUGCAGACCCUAACGACGUCCCGCCUGACCGUCAGCGACCUGACGACUACGUCAUCUACACCGACCUCGCAUGGAAGAUGGACACUGACGGUUUCAUGGUUCCCAGUUCCUCUAUAACUGAUGACGCAAGGAACUCCAUUAACCUCCAAGAAGACGAUGACGUGAAGGUUAUGGGAGUGUCUUGGUUGGUGCUUGGGGAUGAGGAUCUACCAAAGCUUGGAAAACUCUACAUCUACACGGUACUGGAGUUGUGGGAUCCAGCCAAUCCAUACACCAGAGAUUACACACUGGAGGCCACUCAUAUCUUCAUACAGGGAGGACGACUGAUUGGUGGUUGGCCAGAUAAUCCUUACCUUGGCAACAUCCACAUCAUUCUCCAUGGCGACCACAACACACCCGAGAUGCCUGUACCAAACGGGCCGAACGUUGGGGCGAAGGCAAUAGGUGUGUUUGGAGGCCUGGAUCUGUUCGGUAAGACUAGGAACGUGUGCUGGACUCACCUGGCCCAGACAGCUGCAGCAGGUGCAAACACCAUCACACUUGCAGAUGCCGUGGACUGGCAGGUUGAUGAGGAAAUAGUCAUCACCACCACCAGUUUCGACGCCUGGCAGACGGAGACGUUCAAGAUCACCGAUGUGUCUACAGACGGCAGGACUCUCACCCUGAAUUCCAGUCUUGCCUAUGAACACAUCUACCACAGCGACACGGUGAACGGUAAGACCUACACCAUGGCUGCAGAGGUGGGUCUCCUCACCAGGAACAUCAAGAUUAAGGGUGCGGACUAUCAGGGACUCUUCUCAGAGUCCUUUGGUGCCAGGGUGCUGGUUGGCUCCUUCAACACAGGAGGACAAACAUACACAGGCUACGCGAGAAUCAAGAAUGUGGAGUUCUACCACACAGGGCAGGAAGGCUGGAACGCCUUCUAUGAUCCACGCUUCUCCCUGGCCUUCGUCAACACUGGAGACGUCUCAGACGCAAAACCGUCUUUGGUCGAGAACAACGCCUUCCACAACGGCUUUUCCCCUGGUAUUGGUGUGUACGGAACAAACAAGCUGGAGAUCAUCAACAACAUCGUACAUCACACUGUUGGGCAAGGAAUGAUCAUUGAGGGUUCAUGGAACAGCCUGACCAGAAACCUGAUCGCCCUGUCCAUCUGGCCCGGUGCUUACCAGGACCGUAAGGAGGAGAACAGCGAGAAAUGGGAGGCAGCUCUGGAGAUCAUGGAUGCCACCAACAUUGUGCUGAAGGACAAUGUUAUAGCCGGAGCAGAACGUGUCGGAGUACACCUAGAUGGCGAGCCGUGUCCUGGUGUGGACAACCCAGUAGACAGUUGGAGUGGAAACGUCAUCCACUCAGCCCUCCAUGGCACCCACGUGUAUGAGGACGGCCUGCCCGAGUGCUCCAUGAUCUCCAACUUCCUCAUCUACAAGUGUUACAGCUACGGAGUCUACUUCCAGUCUGUGUCCAGUGCUGUACUAAACAACGUGACGUCAGUUGAUAACGGAAUCGGCUCCUUCACGUCAAUCAUCGGACCACCGUCUCUCUCUCACCAGGGUAAAAACAAGUUUGUGCAGAUACAAGACUCCUUAUUUGUCGGGAGGAGUGCAGCCUUCAGCUGUGAAGAUGACGUCUUGGAUCUAAGUGACGACAACAUUGAGAUUGCACAGGCACUUGGAGGCCUGGGCUUCCCCAGCGAGAAGGGCACUUCGGGAGGACACAUCGGGAUUUCUUUCCCCGGCUUUGUUUCUGCGUUCAGUGCCUCCCCUCAUCACCCUUGGGACAGCCAAAUGGAUUACCCUGCACUGCUGGGGGUCACUGAAGUAAAGGAUGUAACAUUUUCCAACUUCGGCGAAGCAUGCGGAGGUCAGCAGGAUGUUGCGUUCCAUACCUGGAACAGUAACGAGGACCUGAUGCAUCCCAUCGAGACAGAGGGACUCCAUUUUGUAGACGUUGAUGAAAACAACAUAGCCUUCAUUGGGCGGCCUUCACUGGGAAAGAUCAACCCAGCUGACUGCGUAGACAUGGAGUGUGACGGGAAGAAGGAGACGUUCAUCAAGGACCGUGACGGCACCUUCCUGCCGUCGGGAGUACCCGGAGCCCUGAUCCCGCAGGCGGAGUGGGAGUGGGACGGUGACCCCAGGAGAGGGCUGGGAGACUACCGCAUCCCCAAGACCAUGCUGUCUGAUCUGGAUGGAAGUCAGAUGGACAUUGAUGGCAUCGUGACUGCAGGACGAGGUAUUAUCAGAACUCAGAGCUGUGAAAACAAUGAUGAGCUGCAUGGUCACCUUUGUCCCGAUCUCAACUACGAGAUGCUGGUGAUCGAGAGCCUUGACGAAGACACGGAGACCCGCAGGCUGUCACCUGUAGCUCUGCUGGCUGACGGGUACAUAGACCUGCUCCAAGGGCCUCAGGAUCACGGCUGGUGCGCUGGGUACACCUGCCAGAAGCGUAUCUCCACCUUCUGGGGUGUCGUAGCCACAGAGAAGGACUACCUCAUCCACUUCAGCGGUGUGAGUCCCCAGAACCUCCGUCUACAGCUCCUCAACACCGCCCCUGAAAGAUCCAUGGUCAUCGGCAUCUACUACUCCAGGCCUGAAAGACUUGACGUGUACUUGGACGGUAGUUUCGUCGAGCCAAAGAACUUCGACCCUGCCACAGGAGGAAUCGUAGCCGGGAACCACAAGCCAACAUUGAGCGAUGAACCUGGUGCUAACUUCAUGGACAUCGAAUGGCAGACUCUGUAUUUCACUCUGACGGGGUCCUCUACCGUUACAAUCAAACAGACAGAUGUGAUCGUAUUAACAUUCGGGAUGCCGCCGGUGACGGUAGAGGACUUUUUCUCCUCCGACCAGCUAGUGAACAACCUCUGCCUGUUCCUGAACAUCCCGGCUGACAAGGUACGCGUGAUGGACGUCGUGCGUGAGGACAGCUCGCGUCGCCGCCGUGCAGUCGAUACCAUGACUGUUGUGAUCCAGAUAGGAGAGCCACCAACCCAGUACCUCAACGGAACCGCUGAUAACAGCCUCUCGUAUGACGAUCUACUCAAUCUGACAUCCACAACGGUGAACGCUGUGCAAACAGGUGAACUAGACAGUGUGUUCGGAACAACCGUGACCAGCGUAUCUGUAGUCGACCCGAUCCCGCCUGUGGAGAGUCAGGAGUGGCGCGAGCUGACGGUGGAUCGGACCCUGACGGACGAUUACGUCAUGCCGAGUUCCCUGAUAGUGCACACCCAACCAGAGCCUCUUCACGAGAUGGCUGACUUCGCUGUUCAGCCCAAGAUCCAGGCACUGGACAAAGACGGCAAGCAUAUGUUACAUCUUGGUCACGUCAGCACCCCCUGGCAAGUCACUGCCUCCCUGCCGAGGGGAGAGAACAGGGCGACCCUGCAUGGUACUCUAAGUGUACCGUACAUCAACGGCUGGGCCAACUUUACUGACCUCAAAAUUUCCCACAGUGGUGAGAAUUAUACACUCGUAUUCAAGGUGAGCGAGAGCACCCAUACUCCUCUGGACGUCCGAAGUCAGGCUUUCGAUGUGACAACGAUACCAAUCAGAGCUGCUAUCUUUAGCCAACCAGAGACAGCCACCGUUGACGAACCUUUCAACCUUCAACUUGAGCUGAGAGACGCUGUGACUGGACAGGCGAUAACUGACAUCGCUUGGAAGGGGUUGAGCUGGUCAGUUUCUGUCUCUCUGAUGGAGCCAGUACCAGACCUGUACAAGGGCAGCAUCAGGGGAAACAUCGAUACGACAUUUGACGUUGUGAGCGGCCAUGCUACGUUCCGAGACAUCUCCCUCACGCAGGCAAGUCGUUAUCAUCUCCAGUUCCACAUCACCACGGACCCACCCAUGGAGGAAUACGACUUUACCUACACUCCAGCCCCGAUCGACAUCUUCCCACCAGGAUUCGGGAUGCCCUCGGGAGUUUCCAAGGUCGUACAGAUCAUCUUUGAUGCCGACUUCUACCAGACUGUUGGAGACCACGAACUCUACUUCGAGACCUUCAUGAUGAACGCUCUCAACGCCAAUUUCAGCACGGUGUACUUUUCUGCUGCAAACGCAUUCGCAGGAAGUGUUGUGGUGGACUUGACCGUGACCGGUCCGGAGGAUGAGGUGGAGGCUGCGUUGUUACGUCUGUGGUACCAGGUGCAACAGCCAUUGAAGGUCACGUUCAACGGUAACACCAUGGAAACUAUCGACAUCAUGUACGUUGAUGGUCAUCGGUAUUAUGGUACGGAAACGGUGAGUGGUCAUCUGUUAGUUCGCCUUUACUGUCAUUUGGAAAUAACAUUAAUCUACGACACAAAAGUGGAAACCUGA